AUCGAUGUACAUGCAUGCUGCGGGCAGAUAAAGCUUGAUAUGACCAUAUGAUAUGACUCAGUCAACAAUGUCGUCAAUCAAUGGAGUUAUUUCCUAAUCUACACAUACCUCAAAUAUCUAUGACUAUACGGCUAUAUCUAACAGAAAAUGACACCUGUUUAAUAAGUAAGCAGAUCUUUGUAUAAAGCGUAUAGACGUGUCUUUGUUCAGCGACGAACGGGUCAGGCUGUUGUGUGUUAGGGUGCUCUGUGAUUCCAAGCGUCUUGUGUGUGGUUGUCAUCAGUUGACGACACGUUGCCGUUUAUGUAGUGAAGAAUGAAGAUGCUUCAUAGAUGCUUUGCGUCUAUAGUAUUCGCUACAAUUUUGUUUGCUUUGACGAGCAAUGCUUGUAAAGAUGGUCUGGUCUCGACUUGCUCAAGAGGAAAGCGCACGCUCCACGAGUUCAAAGAUCAGUCACUUCUGGGAGAUAGGAACAUCUCGUUCUCGCAAAAUGCAGAUCAAAUCGUCAUCAUCACGAACGUCGCGUCGUUUUGAGGCUUUACCGUACCACAGUAUCACCAAAUGAAUGCAUUACUUGACGAAUUCGACGACGCCGUGUGUCCUUUGAAAAUCUACGGAGCCCCGUGUAAUCAGUUUGGUCUGCAAGAGCCUGGCGUAGGAAUUGAAAUAGUGCAUACAAUAGAGUAUGUGAGGCCAGGUCACGGCUUCAAGCCGAAGUUGGAUUUGUUGGCAAAACGUGAUGUCAAUGGGAAGAAUGAAGACGAACUCUUCGCCUGGCUUAAGUCUCUGUGUCCAAAUCCUUCCACCAUGAUCGGCGAUCCGAGCGGUUUUUACUUCUCUCCAAUUCGCACCACAGACAUCACGUGGAACUUCGCGAAAUUUCUGAUCGACCAUCGAGGACGUCCCAAAAAACGAUACGAGCCGUCCUUCAAACCGCUGGACAUGAAGAAGGACAUACAGGAAUUGAUGGACGAGUGCAAGCAGGCCAGAAAACAUGAAGGAAUCUCUCGUGAUAUCUUCCAAAUUGAUGUUUAGUUUGCACACUUAUAGUAAGACAGCCUCACACUUAGUAAAUCUGGUCCGUAGUUAGACCGCUUAGUUGGGGGGGGGAGCUUGUUAUAUUCAUAUACAGGGUGUGUCAAAAAAACGCAACGCUUAAAUAUGCAAGAAUAUUAAUAUUGUUCUAAUGGCAAUAUAACGUAAUUUAUAACGUUUACAACGUAAAAACAACGAAAACUUUUUGUUCUGUUGUCAGCUGCAUCAUAGCUCAGCUAAAAUGACUUUUAGCAUUUUAAAUGAAGGAUUAAGAGCCAUUUUCAAUUCCCAGAAGUGCUUAUCUAUUGCGCUUUAGAGCUGUAUUAAUGUUCUUGCAUAUUUAAGUGGUUGCGGUUGUUUUGAGAUACCCUGUACUGUAUACAGGGUGUCUAGAAAAAAACGCAACCACUUAAAUAUGCAAGAAUAUUAAUAUUGUUCGGGUUUGCACCACAG